AUGAUUGCAAAACUAAUUAAGAAAAAAUAAAUCAACCUGAAAGUGUUGUUAUUGGAAAGAUUGCUUCAUUUAUAUUAUUUUGUAAGUCUUUAAAAGAUAAUAUUUUAUCUGAUUAGCGUGUUAGGUGACCUAUAAUUUAUCACAUUUUUAUGGGUACCUAUAUUUGAAUCCUAGAGAUUAACAUUUUUUGAAAGUAAAAUCAAUUAUGAGUCAUUUAUCAUAUACCUAAGCAGAAUCGAUGAGUUGAUUAAUUUUCAAUUUAAUUCAUCCUUACAGUAUUAUUUUAUACCACUCAUAAUUUAAAUUUUAAUGUUUAUUAUACCCUUGCUUAUGUUGAUUGGUUUAUAAAACAAACAAGUAAUCCUUAGACUUACAAUAACUAAUUAUUACUUUAAGAUUAGUUCGAUAUUUUAUCAAAUUUUUAUAACCUAUUUAUUUGUUCCAUUUUUAAUGUUAUGCACUCAAUCAUUAAUUGUAUCCUUAAACUAAAAUCAUUCUAUUUACUAUAUAACUUUUAUUGUAUUUUCUAUAUUGCUAACAUUAAUCAACCUUAUAACCAACUUAUUGCUCACCAGAGAGACUAUAGAUUUAAAAGUAAAUAGAUUCUAAAAAUUCAAUUAAACGUUUCUGGAUUAUCUGUAAAUAAUCCUUUAAGUGUUGUAAAUUUUUGUUUAUGGUAUUAUUAAGGGGGAAAUUAAUGGGUAGACACUGUAAAGUUUUCUAGUACUCACAAUCUCAUUUAUCAAUAUUUUCCAAGUUUUCUAAUAUGCAUACACUGAUAUAACAAAAGCUAAAAUCAGUUUGAUUACAUCGUCUUUUGGUUGUAUUACAUCAAUUUUUCAGCUAAUUAAGAGUCUACAAUAAGAUUUAGCAUCCCAAUUCACAAACGCUGGAAUAAUUAUAAUAUUUAUCUCAUUAAGCAAAUUAUUAUUGUCAUUCCAUAAUAGGAGGGAGCAGAGCACUUUCAAUAACAUUUUACAUAUAAAAUAGCAGAAGAUAAUAAAGUAUUAUUUAUCAAGACUUAUUACUGAUGAUCUAACUUACAGUGAAAGAAUUGUCAAUAAUUCUUUAGUUCUACAUUGGAUGAGAAAAUCAAUUGAUCACCAUACAAAUGAAAUAUAAGCAAAAUCAUGUAAUGUAAAUAUAUUAACGUCUCAAAAUUUAGAUGCCUUUAUCUAAAAAAAAUUACAAUAAUUUGUAAAAACUAUUUCAAAAAUUAAAGGAUUUGACUUACAUUACAUAGCCUUGUUAUAUAACUUUGGGUUUUCCAAUUUAGCGUUAAUUGCAAUUAAUUAAUUGGUCAAUAAAACAUUAAUUUAAAUCACAUAUAAGGGCUUUAUUGGAGAUGCUGAUGUUCAAAGUAGUGCUAUCAAUAGUACUUAAAAACACUCUGGUCAUUAAUCAGCAUGUAGUAAAUCUCUUCGAUCUAAUACUGAUGAUAUCAAUGAUAUAGCUAAAAAAGAUUAAUUUAAGAGGAGUAAGCUAUUAUUGAUUGGUAAUCAUUAAUUAUCAUUAACAGAUACUGCAAAAACCCUCUAUUUAAAGAGACAAAUACAAGAAAAUUUAUAAUUCAAAUUUUAUGCAAAUAACAAUUCUUCAUCGCAAUAAAACGAUAUGAAGUUAGGGGUUGAAUUAUUCCUUAGGAAUGAAUAAAGAAAUCAAGGAUUAAAAAGUGCAAUUAUUUAGUUGAUUAAUGAAAAAAUCUCAUUUAUGCAGUAAUUUACAACUAAAAAAGCAAUUGAUGCAUAUCAAUUGUAUGAAAAAGCAAUAAAACUUAGUAAACUCUAGCAAAGUCUAGAAAACAAAUUAAAUAACAAGUAUCAAUAAUUUCCAAGCUAAAAAAUAUAAUCUAUGAUGGUAUUUUAUAAAGCAGAAAUUCUAAAUAAUUAUAUUGAUGCUUAAAAAAUCAACAAUUUAACUUCACUUACUGAUGAACAACUAAUAAAUAUUGAUGUUCAUAUUAAAGGAGCCUGUUUUUCAAAAUAAGUGGUUUAUCUAAAUAUAGAGUUAGAGUAUAAUUAAAAUUUGUUGAUAACAAGUAAAUCAGAAAAUUCAUUAAGAUUUUUUUAAAUAUCGACAGAAGAUUCAAAACAGUUUACUAAUGUUGAUUAUCUACUUCCCUUGGCCAUAAAAAAUGAGCAUAGCUUAUUAGUGUAAAGGUUUACGUAAACAAGCCAAUCUAAAUUUUACCUAAAUUAGAAUAAAACUUUCUUUAAGUUUAAUAAUUUAUUAAUUAAACAGUGUUUACUCUUAUUUGAUAUUCAUUUUGACCAUGUAAAUCAUUACAGAUUUUCAGCGUUUUUUGAAGAAUGUAAAAAUCAAAUGGCAUAUAUGUUAGUUGAUGUUAAUCAAAAACUUGGAGGUAUAACUGAGAGUUUCUUUGAUAAGCUAGGGUUAGAUUAAAAUUAUUAUAGUUAAUUUAAUAAAUAGGAUUCAACUUAAUUAUCAAUUGAGUAUUUGAUACCAAAUUUUCAAAAAAUUAUAGAAGAUAAAUAGAAAAAUACAAUUACAGAAAUGAGAUUAAUCAAGGAAGAAUAUCUAAAGGAAUUUUAUGAGGAUGUUAAUAGAUUUUAAAAUAAAUAGUAAUUAAAUUCAACUAUUUGGUUAAAUCCAGAAUAGACAUACACUUUUGAAGCAGAAAUAAAUAUUUAAUAUAAAGAUGUCUUUGGUUAUGAUUAUUUUAUAAUAGAAAUAAAAGAAGCAAAUUAAAUAGUAAACACAAAAAGGUCAUACACAUCCAGUAGAUUUAGAAAACAGGAAGGUUUAGAAGAGUUUUUUGAGUAAUCAGAAUUGUCUGAAAAUGAAGCUAUUGCCUAAUCCCCUAACAUUUCUCGAUAAUAAAAUAAGUUUAAAAUAUGUUAUGAUGAUAAUUCAGAAGAAAUUAUAUAGAUUAAAAAAGUAGCUUAAGAAAUAGAGGAAAUCAAAAAUGAAUAAUAACAAUACUAAUUAUAAGAUAUGUCCUUUCUUUAAAUUAAUAUUCUUAGUCCAAAUUAUAGUAAUGCUCCUUGGUAGGAUCAAUCUUAGAUACCCUUAUAAAUAUAACAAAAAGGUAUGUAAUAGGAUUAUUUUAAUAAAGAAAGCGAUAAAUCGAUUUCAAUUUAGUAAUCAAAAAAUAUCAAAAUAGAAGAGUUAGAAGAAAAAUUUUAAAGUAAAAAUUCAAAGUAACAGAUUAGUGGUCGGGCCUAGAAUAUCUAAAGAGAAAAAGAAUAAUCUUCUUCGAGUAAUGCAUUUGGUGGGAUAAAAAAGUUGAUAUUUUAUAAAAAAUAUGAAGCCAUAAUUCAAUUAAUAGAUCCUAUUACUCCAACAACCUUGAAACUAUUCAUAUUGCUUUAAGAACUUACAUAUAUAAUUGGAUUAACUUAUUUUAUUAUUAUUCUUGUCAGUGCCUAAGAAGAUCUAUAUCGAUUCCUAGGGGAAAUAGAUAUGAUCUAAUUGCAUGCAGGAAUAAUGAAUCCUCACGAUUUGUAUCUGUAAAUUAGGCAACCCAUAAUCACUUAUAAUUCAUUUUUAACUGUAGGAAAAAUUACUCAAGCGGAGUUCAAAGAACUUACAGAUCCUUUGUAUGAGAAUGUUGGAAUUGGUUACUAUGAAUUCAAAGAAGGAUUUAUAUAUUGGUUGAGCAACUAAUACUUGACUCCAUUUUUAAUAGACAAGAAUAUUACUGUGUACUAUAUGAAGGAUAAUGGUGCUUAAACGUAACCGACAACUUAAAAUAUUAGAGAAGCAUUAAUGGCUACUCUAUCAUAUUAUUAUGACUUCAAGUUGAGAUUUGAGGCAAGGUUAAGCACAGCUAAUUAAACAUAUUAAGUGUAUCAGUUUGCAAAUAUAUAUACUUUUCAUUUUUGGUUGGAGGAAUUGACUAUGGAAGUUUAUGAAUAUUCUAAAAAUCGAAGUAUAGAAGUCAACAAUAAGUGGAAUAUGAUUUGGAUCAUUUAUCUAAUGGUCAAUAUUUGUCCAUUAUUUGGAAGUUUAUUUUAUUUUAGGAUAUUCAACUCAAAAUUAGAUUAAUUUGUAGGUCUAUUUAAAUAUUGUUCAUGUUUUAAAAUGGAAUAGGAAUUGGAAAGAUUAAAUUAUAUUUUAAAGGUGUUAAGUAAAAGUAGCGAUUUAUUAUUUUAAUACUAGUUUAGUAUCGAAUAAAAGGAAGAUCAUAUAUUAAAAUAAAGAGAGGAAAACGAAUAAUAAAAAAUUAAGGAUAUAAAAAUUUAAUAAUAGUUCUAAAAGAUAUCUUUUGGUAUGAAAUUUAUUUUUGUAAUAAUCGGCUGGAUGGUGUUUUUUGGGUUGAGUUUGGUAUCAAAUAUUCAAAUUGGAGAAUAUUUAAAGAAAUAUUCAGCCACUGCAGAUGCCUACAAAUUAAUCUAAGAUAUGUCAUUAUAUGCUGGAACUCUUUAUAGAAAUAGAGAUUUUGGAUUGUCCUUUUCAAGUUAUCCUUACUUGAGACCUUUUGAUAAAGAGCAGUUUUAUUUUACAAUUAAUACUGGUUUAUAAACAAUAUCUAAAUUCCUCCAAUUCUCAUAUAAUUUUGAUUCCAGUUAAUAUUAAACUUCUGAAGAUUUCUUCAUCUUCUUUUAAUCAUUAUAAGAAAAUAAUAUCUGUAUAGUAUUGGGGGAUCAAAAUUUGGGGUUUUUAAAAUAAUAUUGUGAUAAAUCAUUAUAAGGUAGUUUGCUUUUAGGAUUAUUUCCUACUCUAAAAUUCAUAUCAAACUCUAUUUCAAAUCAGAUGUAGAUUAACAAUUUUACAUAAAGAGUGGAAUAUAAUAAAUAUGAAAACGAGGGUAGUCUUAUUGUAUUAAGAGCAUUUUAACUGAUGAGCAAAUAAUUUAAAUUAGGCAUGGUCAACGUAACAGAAUAGUAAAUUACUAUAUGCAAUACAAUCUCGAUUAUUUUUAUAAUAUAUUCAUUGCUAUUGAUGACUUAUUUUAUAUUAAUUUUGAUGAAAAAUUUAAGGAAUGAUUUAAUUUUAGCUAGAAGAUUUAUUUUGUUAAUACCAUCGACUGUGCUAUUCUUAGAUGAUUAAUUUGAUAGACAUGUUAGAAUCCUGAUUGCAGGACAAGACUAUUGA